UCACUCUCCACUCCCUUGUGAAAGCCCUCCUCCUCGUCCCUCAGUAGGCUGAGCACUCGGCCUGGAUGUGUGCUGAACGCUGCGGCUUGUAGAAGAUGUCCGCCGCAGGUGCUGGAGCUUGCGGACCCGGCGGCGCUCCGGGAUCCGGAGCCUCCAACCCUCGGAAGUUUAGCGAGAAGAUUGCUUUACACACUCAGCGACAGGCCGAGGAGACCGCUGCUUUCCAGGAGGUCAUGAUGGACAUCACAUCUUCCCGGAUUCAGGCUCAAAAAGUGCGACUUGCUAGAACACCAGGCCCUUACUAUGGAGGCUCUUUGCCAAACGUCAAUCAGAUCGGCAGGAACGCGGCCGACCUCCAGGGCCCGUUCCACUCAAACUUGGAGUCCAGUCGCUCCACACGGCAUCAUGGGCUGGUGGAAAGAGUCCCCAGAGACCGGCGCUUCGCCUCGCCUAGCCGACCAUACAGGCGACAUAUGGACAGCGGUCAUUGCAGCUCUGCGUACCUGUCUCCACCCCCUGACCAGAGCUGGAGAAGGAACUCGUCUAGUAAUUUCUCCAUGGACAAGAACCCAUUGUUCCGCCUUCCCACCACAGCACUCAACAGGACAAACUCCGACUCUGCUCUUCACACCAGCGUGAUGAACCCUCCCACAGGAGAUCCCUUUAGUGCAGGACACGGCCUAAACCCUCAUGCGAGACGCAGCGGUUUAAAUGAGGGUGAAGGGCGAAGAAUGUUUCCAUACCCUGUUCCUCCGAUAGAGGAAAAUGUCUUAGAUGAAGGCAGGCUUCUAAAACCCUGGGACACAAAGAAGUUAUCUAUGAUGUCCUCACGACCAAAGUCUUGUGAGGUCCCUGGAAUCAAUAUAUUCCCUUCACCAGAUCAGCAGUCCAAUGCCCCUCUUGUCCCGUCUGCUUUAAAUACUGGAGGUUCUCUGCCUGAUCUGUCCAGUCUGCACUUCCCCUCACCACUGCCAACACCACUUGACCCAGAGGAGCCUGGCUAUCCCUCCCUCAGUGGGGGCAACAGCACUGGCAACCUCGCGUCCACCCUUACACAGCUCGGCAUCAAUACCACAAACGCCUUUAACUCUCCAGGUGUGUGUCUUCAUGGUCUCCUGGCCUCACUGCAGGGUACGCUUAGUAACCCUACUCUUCAGUCUUCUCUCAGUAACCCUAACAUCCAGUCAUCUUUAAGCAGCCACUCUUUCCCCAACUCCCUUAGCUCUGCCUCUUUGCAGUCAUCACUCAGCAAUCCUUCCCUGCAGUCCUCCCUUGGCUCCUCCCCUUCUUUGCAGUCGUCCCUCAGCAAUCAGUCCCUUCACUCCUCCCUGAGUAACUCUUCCCUAAGUGGUCAGUCCCUCCAGUCGGUGAACAGUGCAGUGGGGUCAGGGCCCUGUUUGAGUUCCUACCCUACGCUGUUACCUGGUCAGGUGCAGCCACAGUUAAGCUCUUCCCCCUGCAGACGGGGACAGCUCUUACCACUUAACCUGCCCCUGGGUCCGGAUUCUCGCAGGCACCACCCCAAACAGUUCUCUCCUACCAUCUCGAACACACUGACUUCAAUCACGCAGGGUGUUCCACUAGAUACCAGUAAACUUCUGAUGGACCAGAGGUUACCCCCAUACGCUUUUAGUCAGUCUCAGCCAGGCCAGAGCAGUGAAGCACAGAAAGGCUGCUCUUCACCACAGUCAGGCCAGCCACCAGUCCAGCACCAUCAAUUACAGCAACAUCAGCAGACGGCACAGCCUCCCCAGCGCCACCCCCACCCUCACUCACGCACACAACGCCCACAGACCAUGCAGCUGCAUAUGCAGAACAUGCACAACCUGCAUAAAACGCAGAACUUUCCAUUCGACCAUGUUCCACGACAACAGGGCUCCCAUCUCCAGCCACAGCUGAACCAAAACCGCAGCAGCGCAGCUGACACGUCAGGGCCACUGAACUCCCAGAGCAUGCAUGAACCUGAUGUACAUUCACACACACAAGCUGCACAGCAUGAACAGAACCAGAACCUUCCUCAACUUCAGAUCAGCCAGUCUAUAACCAGUGACCUCGGCCUUUACAGUGAUUCCUUAUUACUGAACUCCCUACUGGAUGAUCCAUAUCUGGGCCUACAACUUACCAGCAGGCAAAACCAGAACUUUUCUCAGCAGUUCACCAUUGACUCUCACACAGAGGGUUUGUCCUUUAACCACAAUUUGGACUCUGGCCCUCCCACUAAAGGCCAUGAUGGCUCUUACCCCAGCCACCAAGGGGUACUAGACCUGCUGGACCCUGCAGAUCACCAAUUUCUCAACCCCAGUCAGAACCAGAACUAUGGAAGUGGGAGGCACCCUGUCCCCAACAUCAUACUGACUGGUGAGGGAGACUCUCCUCCUGGUUUGUCCAAAGAGAUCACCAGUGCUUUGUCUGGAGUGCCAGGCUUCGAGGUGGACCCGUUCUCUUCAGAUGACCCACUCAGAAUGGAGCCUUUGGCUCUGGAUGGCCUCAGCAUGCUCACCGACGGAGACCUCAUGCUAGCCGACCCUGCCGUAGAGGACUCGUUUCGCUCUGACCGACUCAAAUGAACAAGGGAAGGGAGGAGCUCGGAACGGUGUUGGGAGUCAGGAGACAUCCAUACAGUCUACGAGUAAGAAGAAGUGAAGUCUUUAAGGCAUUCCAGUGGGAUUUCUCCUCACUGUCCACUUAGACCUGAAAACCUGCUGAAGAGAUUCCUGAAAGGGACCAACUAUGUUUAUGAUUUAAAAAAAAAAAAAAGAGAGAAAAAAAAGUUAGUCCGUUUUUUUUAUUUUUUAUUUUUUGCUUUUUGCGUUUGCUUUAAGCUCCAUGCACUUGCUGAGUUUUCUCUUCAGAUGCAAACAUAAAUGUAGGCAUUAGCUUGUCUAAGUUGUAACCACAUGUUGAAAUUUACAUUGCACUUCAGAGUACUUCAGUGAUGCCAACUUGCAUAAAUGUUUAAAUCCGUUUUUUUUAUAUUUGAGAGUUGAUGUUUGGAAACAAAGUGUUGAGCUCACAGACAAAGAUCUGCCC